GUGGUGGCGUAAGCAGAUCGGCUUUGUGGGCCAGGAGCCGAUUCUGUUCAACACGUCGAUCCUGGAGAACGUGAUGUAUGGCCUGGAGGACGGCGAGAAAGUUUCUGACGAGCAUCUGCAGCAAUGCAAGAAGAUGGCCAACCUCAACUUCAUUGACAGCAACAAG